CAGUGCCAGUGGUGCCUCCGCUAGUCUUGAAGGUAGACAUACGGUCCUCAAGCUGGUUGAUCAGAAGGAAAGAUGAAGGUGCUCGCUGCAACGUUCUUGCUUGCAAUGUUAGCAGGACCAGUUUACUCAGGCGAUUGGGAUAGUUUUUUUGCAAACAGACCUCUGUCAAACUACUUCCGUAACCUCCAAAAUAGUAUCGAGAACAAUGAGAACAGCCACUUCCUGUACCAAAGCGUUAACCAAGGACCCCACAGCAGCUUUGGGAGGGGCUCUGCGCAAACGCAAGACGUCCUCCAACAAGGUCAUGGUGACGUCACAGUUCAGAACGUGAUCCAAGGCCCUUCAUUCCACUACGGCGAUAAGAAACCCACGAAGCCCCUGCAGACGCAAGCGGUGCACCAGCAAGGGAAAGGUCUGGUCGUGGUGCAGAACGUGAUUCAGGGGCCGAGCGUCCACGUGCCCAAGUUUGAACUGCCUGACUUCAAGAAGAAUCACAACUGGUUAUCUUGGACCAAAUGAGCGGAUGGUCGUGCUGGCGGAUGGACGGAUAGACGGAUAGACGGAUAGACGGAUGGACGGAUGGGCGGAUGGACGGAUGGGCGGAUGGCGUUGAGAGACAAAGUGGAAAGCUGUUUUUUCUUUUUUUUUAGGGAAUUGAUUGAAAAUUUCAGGUUAUUGUUUAUCGCAUGUAUCAUUUUUUUCUUGAAUUUCUGUUGUUAUUUUUUUUAAUGAGUAAAGAAAAAAUAAAUGGCACAGAUAAUAAUAGCGGUAUUAUGAUCAUGACAAAAUCAUUACUAUCAAUUACAACAAAAAUAACAACGACAAUGAUAGCAAUAACAUUCUUGAAUAUUGCAAUCAUAACGAUGGAAAUAGAGAUAUGAAAUAAUAAAGACGAUAAAAAAUC